CUUUCUGAGAAUCAACAAAAAAGGAGACAGCAUUAUUGGACAUCGGUAGAUUUGGCCGAAAUGGCAGUGUAAACGUGUGCAGCGACCCAGCAGCAACCACCAAAACAGUGCAUCCAACCAGUGCACUGAGUCACUACUAAUUCAGCAAAAAUGUCGUCCUUUUUGGGAACCCUCAGCACUGCUGCUUCUGACAGCAUAAAAGAGUUCGUUGCUACCCUAAUAUCAUCUCACACUCCAUUUGUGACCAACAACAGCCACUAUGACCAUGACGAUGACAAGCUCACAGUUUGGCCUGGCAGACAUGGAGGCCCUUCUCUGGGGGCCUUCCUCUCCCAUGGCUGACGUCAUGGACUUUGUCGUUAUCCCUGACAAAGACGGACAACAGGAACGAGGAACAGCCUCACUGGAGGGGGACACAUCACCUGUGUCACCCAUCGCCUCCUCAUCGUUGUCUUCUUCCUCCUCUCCUCCUCCCUUCUACUCUCCUCCUCCCUCGCCACCUGCUGUUCUCCAUGGAAACAAGGCUGGGACUGAGUCUGAUCUGCUUCCUCUCCCUUGGCUGGGUGAUCCUGGUCAGCUGAGAUGUAGCCAGAUGUCUUCAGAUGACAGUGAAGAGGAUGUGCUCAGUGACCUGGAUUGGAUGGCUGAGAGGAUGGAUCUCAGUGAGUUUGACCUGGAUUCUCUGAUUGAUUCCUGCGGUCCUGCUGAAGAGUCCCCCAGCUCUCCAGAAGAAUUCCUUGCUUCCCUGGAUUGUCCCGUGGAGCUCGACUCCUUCCAACUUCCAAGUCUCCCAACUUGCGUAACUUCAAGUCCUUCCUCUGCUUCUGCUCCCAGUGUUGUACCCUCUGUUGUCCUUCCCAGUAUUUGUUCAGAUGUCAUUACAGUAGAUGAUCCUGAAUCUCACAUUGAAGGGCAAGAAGUUCCUUCUUCUCCACUUUAUGUCCCAGAUCCACAAGAGGAGCUUGAAAUCAAAUCUGAACCAGCUUCUCCAGACCCCUCUCCCCCUGCUGUUGAUUCUCCUUGCUCCCCAGACUUCACCUUGGACCUGGGCAGUGAGGUGGAUGUCUCUGAAAGUGAGGUGAAGCCCGUGGUAACCUCUGUAGUCCCUCAGGUCCCAAGGAUUGUGCUUUCCCUUUCCCCAACUCGCAUUGUCCUGGUGCUGGCUCCCAAAAACCAAGUUGGGAUCACUGCCCCGUCAGAGGUAAUUAACCAUUCCCCACCAGUUUCCCCUCCUGAAAGGUUCCCCAGAAGCAGGCCAUACCCUGAGCCAAAACACACAGCUAGGCCACCAUCCCCCAGUGUCAUUGAUAAUGUAAAGGCCGUCCGGGCUGCAGGUGGAGUUGAAAGGGUAACGUUAAAGGCACCGAAGGACAAGAAAAAGAAGAAGAUGGAGCAGAAUAAAACUGCUGCCACUCGUUACAGGCAGAAGAAAAGAGCAGAACAGGAAAUGCUUCUGGAAGAGUAUGGAAAGCUGGAGAGGAAGAACAUGGAACUGACUGAGAAGGCAGAGUCCAUGGCCAGAGAGAUCGAAUAUCUCAAAGAGCUGAUGGAAGAAGUUUGCCAGACUCGAAGGAAGAAAGGUCUCAGUGCUGACCCCUAAUGGUUGGACCUAGUAGUAGUCGUGGAUGGUAUGCAUUGAGAAGUGAUAAAUAGGAAGUGGGAUCAGCAGAAUCUAUUUCAUGUUAUGUAUCCGUGUAUCGUGUUCUGUCAACAUAGCAUGUCUUGGAUACACAAUGCAGUUAUAAAUCCACUGGUAUUAAAUGUAGAAAACUUGGAUCUUGUAUUAAUAGUUUAGAAAUGAGUAUUUUCCUUCCAGGAAAUAUAACCUUUUCAUGUUACUUGUAUUUUUUCCUGCAUCCAGACCUCACUUGCCAUUUGGAUGUUUUUAAAGUUUUUCAAAUGUGAUAUAACCAGACUACAUAUAAUGGAUCCUCUAAUAAAGACUUAAUAUCUAA